AUGGAAAAUUAUAAUGAAACAUCAACUGAUUUCAUCUUAUUGGGGUUGUUUCCCCCUUCAAGAAUUGGCCUGUUUCUUUUUAUUCUCAUUGUUCUCAUUUUUCUAGUGGCUCUAUUUGGAAACCUUUUCAUGAUCCUUCUCAUCUUUCUAGACAUCCAUCUUCAUACACCCAUGUAUUAUCUACUUAGUCAGCUCUCUUUCAUUGACCUAAACUACAUCUCCACUAUUGUCCCCAAAAUGGCCUACAAUUUCCUUUUUGGAAACAGGUCCAUUUCCUUCAUUGGAUGUGGGGUUCAGAGCUUCUUCUUCUUGACUUUAGGAGGCGCAGAAACAUUGCUCUUGACAUCAAUGUCUUAUGAUCGUUAUGUAGCCAUUUGCUUUCCUCUUCACUAUCCCAUCAGAAUCAGCAGAAGACUGUGUGUGUUGAUGAUAAUAGGAUCUUGGAUAAUGGGCUCUAUCAAUUCCUGUGCCCAUACCAUAUAUGCUCUCCACAUCCCUUAUUGCCGAUCCAGGGCCAUCAAUCAUUUCUUCUGUGAUGUCCCAGCCAUGUUGACUCUGGCGUGCAUGGACACCUGGGUUUAUGAGUACACAGUGUUUGUGAGCACCACUCUAUUCCUUUUGUUACCUUUCAUUGUUAUCUUAUGUUCCUAUGGCCAUGUUCUCCUUGCUGUCCAUCGCAUGCAGUCAGUGGAAGGAAGGAAGAAAGCUUAUGCAACCUGCAGCACCCACCUCACUGUGGUGACCUUCUACUAUGUGCCAUUUGCUUACACUUAUCUACGCCCAAGAUCCCUUCGAUCUCCAGUAGAAGACAAGGUUCUGGCUGUGUUCUACACCAUGCUGACCCCAAUGCUGAACCCUGUUAUCUAUAGCCUGAGAAACAAGGAAGUAAUGGGGGCCCUGAGAAGAUUAAUUCAGAGAAUUGGCUCAGUGAAAAUGUAG